AUGGGCCCAACAAAACCACCCCCCUCACUCCCCUCGCCAGGAGAACACACAUCCUCACCGCCUUCGACUACCUCUACCUCCACACCUACAAAGCCCUAUCCACUCCUCUCUCUCCCAAAAGAAAUCCGGCAACAGAUCUACUCCCACCUCCGUCCCGUAACCCGGUAUCACAUCAUUCCCCUCCACUCAGAUCCACACCACCUCGCUCUGGUAACGACAACAAUCCCCGGUGUAUUUCUACUCGCGACAAACCAUCAAAUUCACACCGAAGCAUCCUACAUCCUUUCUCCUCACCUCGAUACCAUCGUGAAAGCCCCACCGAAGAUAAUACUCCACGCAAACAAUCUCCCCGGCCUAGUAAACCUCCACGAUUCCUUCACCCACAGCCGACCCUUCACCGCACGCUACAUCCGCCACUAUCGGCUCGGCACUCUAUCCUCCUCUUCGCUAGCCAAGAAGCUCAACCUACCCGCCCUCAAUUCCUCCACAAAUCCACGCGUAUUGGAAGCAGUAACAACCUUCAUCCUCCGCAUCCUAACUUACCUCCCCACCACAAGCCCCUCACCAACCCUACAUAAAUACCCACCUUUGGGCAUCCUAAUCGACAUACCUACCUCCCCAGCCUUUACCAGCACAUCCGUAACCACCACGACCUCGCUGGCCCGCAGUAUCGCAUACAAAAUCUUCUUCCCGCGCCAUCCCACGCCCCCACGCUCCCGCCCUGGUUUCACGAACCUGCCGUGGUUGUUGCAGAGAAUGGUGUACCAUGCGUGUUGGGCAUCUGAUUCCAGUGCCGCGGUGUGCUUGAGUAUCCACGUAAGGUUUCUGGGUAGUGAGGGCUAUGUUUUGGAGGGAUGGGCAGGCGGUUGGAGCGUCAGGGAGAGUGUGGUGCAUAAGAGUGUUAUUAAGGGUGUAAAGAGUGCGAGGAGGAGGGGGGAGGGGUUUGUUUAUUAUGGGGGGUUGGCGGGCGGGGAUGUGGUUUGA